AUGUCAGCCCUCUUGACUUACUGGCUCUUAUGGGAACAGCUUGAGAGCGGCCCGCACACCUUAAAAUUAGACAUGAACCACAACCACUUCCUCCUGAGCGCUUUGACUCUUUUGCGGUCUCGUGGACAAGACUGUCGACCGGUGAAGCUGUUGACGCUCACCUUGAUCACGACACAUCAGCAGGUCUACACGAGCUCUGUGACAAUUUCCGUUGUUACUCGCCUUGGAACGGUUCCCUCACAUGAUCGGAACUGGACGGUUGUCGGCGAUAUUAUCAAGUACUGGGAUUACAAGAGCUGA